AACACAAACGAUUUAAUUAGUUAGAUUGCAACGCUUUUAAAGAGAAGUUUGGCGAUAAUCGGAAAGUCUUUUUUUCAUAAAUAAAUUCCACACAAAUGUUAGCAAAGCUCAGACCCGGGCAGUGGACUAAACAUUUAAAUUUAUUAGUAUUAAUAUGUUUAGUAACAAAUCAUGUGCAGAUAGUACAACUGGAGACAGAUGAUGUCGAUUAUGAUAUUUCAGAUACUUAUAUUUUACAACGACCGCCCUAUAAAUUGGAACCCACCUAUAGGAAUCCAUAUAAACCAGUUAGUAAACAUACGCAACGCAAAAAGAAACCGCAACAUUUUGCCAGCACUACCGAAUCGCUGUGUGUAAGAAAUUUGAAAAAGAAAAAAGCCGAAGAGGAAAGAGAAAAUCCACCCAAGAAGAUAGUAAUCAGUGGUAAUCGUUGGCAUGGACCGGUACAAUAUGGUGAAUAUAUGUGGAAAACUAAAAGGCAAGAAAAACGUACUAACAGAUUAAGACCUAUAUCGCAGAUUGAGAGAAAGUUACAUAAAUGCUAUAAAUGGGUUAAUUCCAAAGAACUUAAACAGUAUGAAUGGCCGGCCAUUAUACAAACUAUAGAAAGUAAAGAUUUAUAUCAUAUCGAAAUUUGCUGCCCCGACUUUGGACCUAUUCGCUAUAUGGGCAAUACCUUGUGUCGUCCAUUUUGCUCGAAUUGCCGCAAUGGUGAUUGUAUUGCGCCUGAUAAGUGUCGUUGUUUUGAUGGCUUCGUUUUGACUGAUAACGAAGAGUGUGUCUUCACAUGUCCCAUUUCCUGUUUAAAUGGUCGUUGUAAUUUAUUACUGAACACUUGUUUGUGCAAUAAUGGCUUCAAGUUGGAUGAGACUAAACAAUUCUGCCGACCGAUUUGUCAUUCCGGCUGUGAUGCUAAUCCAUUGCACAAUUGUACUGCUCCUGAGGUCUGCGGUUGUGUGAGGGGUUAUUCGUUGACCGACAAUGGUUGUCAGCCUAUAGCAAAGGGAUAAACAAACCAUUUUUUAAUUGUUUUUAAUAAAUUUCUUUUAUGCUCCCAAAAA